AUGUCCAAGCCUCCGCCCGCCUCGCCCGCGCCGCCCACCUGCGCCACCGAGCCGGUGCCGGGGGUGGCAGGGCUCCGCAACCACGGCAACACGUGCUUCAUGAACGCCACGCUGCAGUGUCUGAGCAACACCGAGCUCUUCGCAGAGUACCUGGCGCUGGGCCAGUACCGCGCGGGCCGGCGCGAGCCUUCUCCCGACCCCGAACCGCCUGCAGGCCGCGGCGUGCAGGGCCAGGGCGAGGUCACUGAGCAGCUGGCACAGCUGGUGCGGGCCCUCUGGACCCUCGAGUACACCCCGCAACACAGCCGAGACUUUAAGAGUAUUGUGUCAAAGAAUGCACUGCAGUAUCGAGGCAAUUCCCAGCAUGAUGCCCAGGAGUUUCUGCUGUGGCUUUUGGACCGAGUUCAUGAAGACCUCAAUCAUUCUGUGAAGCAGAGUGGCCAGCCUCCUCUGAAGCCACCUUCAGAGACUGAUAUAAUGCCCGAGGGACCAUCCUUCCCUGUCUGCAGCACUUUUGUACAAGAACUUUUUCAAGCCCAGUACAGAUCGUCUUUGACUUGUCCUCAUUGUCAGAAACAGAGCAACACCUUUGACCCUUUCCUCUGCAUUUCUUUGCCAAUUCCUCUACCACACACGAGGCCUCUCUGUGUCACUGUCGUGUACCAAGGGAAAUGCUCACACUGCAUGAGGAUCGGCGUGGCUGUGCCUCUGUCUGGGACCGUUGCCAGACUUCGGGAAGCAGUAUCUAUGGAAACAAAGAUUCCCACUGAUCAGAUUGUGUUAACAGAAAUGUACUAUGAUGGCUUCCACCGUUCCUUUUGUGACACAGACGACCUGGAAACAGUUCAUGAAAGUGACUGCAUUUUUGCCUUUGAGACUCCAGAAAUAUUUAGGCCUGAAGGAAUUCUCAGUCAAAGAGGACUUCAUUUAAAUAACAAUCUAAACCACUUGAAAUUUGGCUUGGAUCACCAUAGACUUUCUUCCCCUGUACAAACAGCAGCAAAACAAGGGAAAAUGGACUUGCCUUCCACAAGAGCAGGAACUGACAAAAUUGUUGUUUUGGUGUGUAAUCGAGCUUGCACUGGGCAGCAAGGGAAAAGGUUUGGACUGCCUUUUGUGCUGCAUCUAGAGAAAACAGUAGCCUGGGACCUUCUACAGAAAGAGAUCUUAGAGAAGAUGAACUAUUUCUUGAGGCCCACAGUUUGUAUUCAGGUGUGCCCAUUCAGCUUGCGUGUGGUCAGUGUCGUAGGAAUAACAUACUUGUUGCCCCAGGAAGAGCAGCCCUUGUGCCAUCCAACAGUGGAAAGGGCAUUAAAGUCUUGUGGACCAGGAGGCACUGCUCAUGUGAAAUUAGUUGUAGAAUGGGACAAGGAGACAAAAGAUUUCUUGUUUGUAAAUACUGAAGAUGAGUAUAUCCCUGAUGCAGAAAGUGUCCGUCUGCAAAGGGAGUGUCAUCAUCAGCCUCAAACUUGCACUUUGUCUCAGUGCUUCCAGCUCUACACCAAAGAGGAGCGGCUGGCCCCAGAUGACGCCUGGCGUUGCCCACACUGUAAGCAGCUACAGCAGGGGAGCAUCACUUUAAGCCUGUGGACUCUGCCUGAUGUGCUUAUUAUACAUCUAAAGAGAUUUCGACAGGAAGGAGACAGGCGCAUGAAACUUCAAAACAUGAUCAAGUUCCCCUUGACUGGCUUGGAUAUGACUCCUCACGUGGUUAAGAGAAGCCAGAGCAGCUGGAGUUUGCCAUCCCACUGGUCCCCGUGGAGGCGGCCCUAUGGACUCGGGCGGGACCCUGAGGACUACAUCUAUGACCUGUAUGCUGUGUGCAAUCAUCAUGGCACCAUGCAAGGGGGGCAUUACACAGCGUACUGUAAGAACUCCGUAGACGGCCUCUGGUAUUGCUUCGAUGACAGCGAUGUGCAGCAGCUCUCUGAAGACGAGGUCUGCACACAGAUGGCAUACAUCCUCUUCUACCAGCGGCGAACGGCUAUACCCUCAUGGUCAGCUAACAGCUCACUGGCAGGUUCCACCAGUUCUUCUCUGUGUGAGCACUGGGUGAGCCGGCUCCCAGGGAGCAAGCAAGCCAGUAUCACCUCUGCGGCUUCGUCCAGACGCACCUCCCUGGCCUCGCUCUCCGAGUCCGUGGAGAUGACUGGGGAAAGGAGUGAAGACGAUGGAGGAUUCUCAACUCGACCAUUUGUGAGGAGUGUCCAGCGUCAAAGCUUGUCGUCUAGAUCUUCUGUAACCAGCCCCUUGGCUGUCAACGAAAAUUGCAUGAGACCAUCUUGGUCCCUGUCUGCUAAGCUGCAGAUGCGCUCCAGUUCUCCUUCCCGAUUCUCAGGGGACUCUCCAAUUCACACGUCUGCCUCCACCCUGGAGAAGAUUGGGGAAGCAGUGGAUGACAAGGUCUCCAUCUCUUGCUUCGGUAGUCUGAGGAACCUUUCCAGUACUUAUCAGGAAGCAAGUGAUAGUCACAGUCGCCGGGAACACAAAGCUGUGGGCCGAGCUCCUCUGGCUGUCAUGGAAGGCAUGUUCAAAGAAGGAUCACAUACCUGCAAAUUGAACUCCAGUCUUGUAGACACACCGAGCAAAAAGUCAGCACAAGGGGAUCACUUGCCUCCUGUCUCUGAUCCAUUUGACAACAAUAAUCAGAUUGCUUAUGUGGAUCAGAGCGAUUCUGUGGACAGCUCUCCAGUCAAAGAAGUGAAGCCCCAUAGCCAUGCCAGCUCCCUCCCCAAGAAACCAGAGAGCACAACCAAGAGCUCCCCCAGCUCCCGAGGCCCUUCUGAGCCAGAUCGAAGCCUGCGGAAGGGGAGAGCAGUCUUGGCGAGCCAGGAAUCAUCUCUUUCAAGUACAUCUCCUUCUUCUCCCGUUCCCGUCAAGGUUUCUGUGAAGCCCUCCUGCUCCCGGAGCAAAGCUGAGUCUUCUUCCAGGGCCAGCGGACGUCAUUCCUCCCCUCUCCCUGCCCAACCCCGCAAGGAGACAGUCCUGAAAUCCCAGGAUGCUGGGUCAUCAUCUCCUUUGCCACAGAAGCAGAAGUCAGCCUCUUCCCUAGCCUCCACAUCUGCCAAAAAAGCCUCGGGCCCUGCCACGAGGGCGCCUCUCCCUCCUGGGAAGAGCAGGACUUCAGACAGAAGCCUGAGUAGAGAGGGCUCCAGACAAAGCCUGGGUUCUGAGCGGGCCAGCGUCACUGCCAGCUCCGCCUCUAAGCCCAGCUCUCCUUGGGUGGGUCAGGCCCGAGGCGGGGAGGGCCGAGGGGACAGCAAGCAUGUUAGGAGCUCCUCCAUGGCCAGCCUACGGUCCCCCAGCAUAAGCAUGAAGUCUGGUCUGAAGAGGGACAGCAAGUCGGAGGAAAAGGGGCUGUCCUUCUUCAAAUCAGCCUUGAGACAGAAGGAAACCAGGAGGUCUACUGACCUUGGGAAGACAACCUUACUGUCCAGAAAGGGAGGUGGGAGCUCUGUCAAGUCGGCCUGUAAGGGUGCAGUGGAGGAGAAGUCUGAGAAGGGCGCUCAGCACCCGGGCUCCCAGAAGCCCCAUGCCAACGCAGCUGGAAAAGAGCAGCUAGUCUCCAAGGACUCUGCUUCUGCUAAACAUUCCCUGCUGUCCACUCGCAAGGCCAGGUCUUCCCAGCUAGACUUGGGGGCCCCCUCAUCUCCUGGUGGUAGGCAGGCUUCUGAGAAAGCCUCGAAAAAGUUAUCUUCUAGCAUGCAGACUUCUGCCCGGCCUUCUCAGAAACCGUCAUGA